ACUGCUGUGGGCUCCGGGAAGCCAUUCGGCAGGGGCUGUCGGCCGCGGGGCGGAGGCACUCGCGCGGGGGGUAACUCGGGUCUGGGUUCGGGUGCCGCGCAGCUCUCCCCGGAUUGACUUGGCCUCUACUUCUUGUUAAGAAAAUACAUCUCUUGUUUUAUCAGGUGUGUGUGGUUUCAGCGCAGCAUGGCUGUGGUCAUCCGUUUGCAAGGUCUCCCAAUUGUGGCGGGGACCAUGGACAUUCGCCACUUCUUCUCUGGAUUGACCAUCCCUGAUGGGGGCGUGCAUAUUGUAGGGGGUGAACUGGGUGAGGCUUUCAUCGUUUUUGCCACUGAUGAAGAUGCAAGGCUUGGUAUGAUGCGCACAGGUGGUACAAUUAAAGGGUCAAAAGUAACACUGUUGUUGAGUAGUAAAACGGAAAUGCAGAAUAUGAUUGAACUGAGUCGUAGGCGUUUUGAAACCGCCAACUUAGAUAUACCACCAGCGAAUGCUAGUAGAUCAGGACCGCCACCUAGCUCAGGAAUGAGUGGCAGGGUAAACUUGCCUACAACAGUACCCAACUUUAAUAAUCCUUCACCCAGUGUAGUUACUGCCGCCACUUCUGUUCAUGAAAGCAACAAAAACAUACAGACAUUUUCCACAGCCAACAUAGGAACGGCUCCUCCAAAUAUGGGGGCUUCCUUUGGGAGCCCAACAUUUAGCUCAACCAUUCCAAGCACAGCCUCUCCAAUGAAUACAGUCCCACCGCCACCAAUUCCUCCAAUCCCAGCGAUGCCAUCUUUGCCACCAAUGCCGUCCAUUCCCCCAAUACCAGUUCCUCCUCCAGUACCUACAUUGCCUCCUGUGCCUCCUGUGCCCCCAAUCCCUCCAGUCCCUUCUGUGCCACCCAUGACCCCACUGCCACCCAUGUCGGGCAUGCCACCCUUGAACCCGCCACCUGUGGCACCUCUACCUGCUGGAAUGAAUGGCUCUGGAGCACCUAUGAAUCUGAACAAUAACCUGAACCCUGUGUUUCUGGGCCCAUUGAAUCCUGUUAACCCUAUCCAGAUGAACUCUCAAAGCGGUGUGAAACCACUUCCCAUCAACCCUGAUGAUCUUUAUGUCAGUGUGCAUGGAAUGCCCUUUUCUGCAAUGGAAAAUGAUGUCAGAGAUUUUUUCCAUGGGCUCCGUGUUGAUGCAGUGCAUUUGUUGAAAGAUCAUGUAGGUCGAAAUAAUGGGAAUGGAUUGGUUAAGUUUCUCUCUCCUCAAGAUACAUUUGAAGCUUUGAAACGAAACAGAAUGCUGAUGAUUCAACGCUAUGUGGAAGUUAGUCCUGCCACAGAGAGACAAUGGGUAGCUGCUGGAGGCCAUAUCACUUUUAAGCAAAGUAUAGGACCUUCUGGACAAACCCAUCCCCCUCCUCAGACACUUCCCAGGUCAAAAUCGCCCAGUGGGCAGAAAAGGUCAAGGUCAAGAUCACCACAUGAGGCUGGUUUCUGUGUUUACUUGAAAGGGUUACCAUUUGAAGCGGAAAACAAACAUGUAAUUGAUUUUUUUAAAAAGUUAGAUAUUGUGGAAGAUAGUAUUUAUAUCGCUUAUGGACCCAAUGGGAAAGCAACUGGUGAAGGCUUCGUAGAGUUCAGGAAUGAGGCUGACUAUAAGGCUGCUCUGUGUCGUCAUAAACAAUACAUGGGCAAUCGCUUUAUUCAAGUUCAUCCAAUUACUAAGAAAGGUAUGCUAGAAAAGAUAGAUAUGAUUCGAAAAAGACUGCAGAACUUCAGCUAUGACCAGAGAGAAAUGAUGUUAAAUCCGGAGGGGGAUGUCAGCUCUGCCAAAGUCUGUGCCCACAUUACAAAUAUUCCAUUCAGCAUUACCAAGAUGGAUGUUCUUCAGUUCCUAGAAGGAAUCCCAGUGGAUGAAAAUGCUGUACAUGUUCUUGUUGAUAACAAUGGGCAAGGUCUAGGACAGGCAUUGGUUCAGUUUAAAAAUGAAGAUGAUGCACGUAAGUCUGAACGCUUACACCGUAAAAAACUUAAUGGGAGAGAAGCUUUUGUUCAUGUAGUUACUCUAGAAGAUAUGAGAGAGAUUGAGAAAAAUCCCCCUGCCCAAGGAAAAAAGGGAUUAAAGAUGCCCGUGCCAGGUAAUUCUGCAGUUCCAGGCAUGCCCAGUGCGGGAAUGCCCAGUGCGGGAAUGCCCAAUGUGGGAAUGCCCAGUGCAGGAAUGCCCAGUGCGGGAAUGCCCAGUGCGGGAAUGCCCAGUGCAGGAGUGCCCAGUGCGGGAGUGCCCAGUGCAGGAAUGCCCAGUGCAGGAAUGCCUAGUGCAGGAGGUGAAGAGCAUGCUUUCCUGACUGUAGGAUCUAAGGAGGCCAACAAUGGGCCUCCAUUUAACUUUCCUGGUAAUUUUGGUGGGUCAAAUGCCUUUGGGCCACCACUCCCUCCUCCAGGAUUAGGAGGAGCCUUUGGUGAUGCUAGGCCUGGUAUGCCUUCAGUUGGAAAUAGUGGUUUGCCUGGUCUAGGACUGGAUGUUCCAGGUUUUGGAGGUGGACCAAAUAAUUUAAGUGGGCCAGGAUUUGGAGGGGGCCCUCAGAAUUUUGGAAAUGGCCCUGGUAGCUUAGGUGGCCCCCCUGGCUUUGGAAGCGGCCCUCCUGGUCUUGGAAGUGCUCCUGGGCAUUUGAGUGGGCCACCAGCCUUUGGGCCUGGCCCUGGCCCUGGGCCUGGCCCAAUCCACAUUGGUGGUCCCCCUGGCUUUGGAUCUAGUUCUGGAAAACCAGGGCCAACAGUAAUUAAAGUGCAAAACAUGCCCUUCACUGUGUCUAUUGAUGAGAUUUUAGAUUUCUUUUAUGGCUAUCAGGUGAUCCCAGGCUCAGUGUGUUUAAAAUAUAAUGAAAAAGGUAUGCCCACAGGAGAAGCCAUGGUGGCCUUUGAAUCUCGGGAUGAAGCCACAGCUGCUGUCAUUGACUUAAAUGACAGACCUAUAGGCUCAAGGAAAGUAAAACUUGUAUUAGGGUAGCUGUUCACAUAAAUUCUUUAUAGGGUAGAUCUUCAUAGUGCUGUGAUUAAUGCAUCCAGAUUGUUUUCCUAGUAUUUCCAGGUUAGAACCUGUGGAUUGUUUCAAUUGCAUAUAGAUUGGUUUCCAUAACAUAGAGCAUUGGUUGACUGUUGACAGAAGACUCACUACCAGGAUAAACAUUGCUGUAUGUUACAGUAAAGCUGUUUUGAGAGAACACAAAAAUGAUUUUGGCAUACCAUUAGAGAAACCAUUUGUAAAACUCAAAUGACCACAUAAAGCUUAUCAAGGAGUCUAGAUUGGUUUUGUUUUAUACCAUAUAGGAUGAAGAAAAUAGAAAUGUCAAUAGAGCUCAUUAAGGGUGCUCUUGCCAGCUGCUGAAAAAUAGAAGUUGGCUAUUCUUGGAAUUUGGUUUAAAGCUGGACAGAUUUGCUUUGUUAUAGGGUCAAAGCUUUGUCUAAAGUCCUUAUAUUUUCUUUUAAAAUUGAAUAAAAUCUCUGUAUACAGA